GGGAAUCGAAGGCUUUAUAUAAAGAAAAAGGUGGGAUUUUACUUCUCUCGCGUUGAUUUUGCUUUCAUCAUCAUCUCAGUUCGCUUUUGCAAACACAUCAGUUUAUUUCGACCCUCCACACUAUUUAGUUCAUCGUUUAAGGUAAACGAGAAUUUAAAAGAUGACAAUCAAGCAGACAGCGGUUCUGCUGUUAGCAGUGUUGUUUUCUAGUUUAAUUGAAAAUGGUUUUGGAAUAAGUCUAACAGGUGGAUGUGAUGCUCAUAAAUGCGGCUACAAUGCAAAGUGCACAUUAAGUGAAGGACGACCUGUAUGUUCCUGCAUUAAUUUACACAUGGGAGACCCAUUGGUGCGAUGUACAAAAGUUGAAUGCUUAGUGAACGAGGAUUGUUCAUCGAACAGAGCUUGCAUUAAUAAUCGUUGUGUUGAUGCUUGCGCCGGUACUUGUGCAACAAAUGCAUUAUGUGAAACAAGAAAUCACGUACCCGUUUGUUAUUGUCCACCAGGAUAUGCCGGCGAUCCAUUCACGCGCUGCGAACUCGAAGAUCCAUGCAAAAAAUCCCCGUGCGGUGUAAAUACAAAAUGUGAAGUUAUUAACACUGUGCCAACUUGCUCCUGUUUACCUGGCUACAUUGGCCAGCCAUUGAGUGGUUGUCGUCAUGAAUGCGAAAGUGACAAUGAAUGUCCUCAAAAUAAAGCUUGCUCAGCAUCAUUCCGUUGCGAAAAUCCAUGCAAGUGCGGCGAUAAUGCAAACUGCGAGGUCGUCAAUCAUCAGGCAAAAUGCACCUGUCCACCUAAUUGGCAAGGAAAUCCUUAUAUCUCGUGCCGAGCGGAAUGCACAUAUGAUUCAGAUUGUUCCAGAGGCAAACCAGUUUGCUAUUACUCAAAAUGCGUAAAUCCUUGUGAGGGUGCUUGUGGUGUUAAUGCCAAUUGUGAAUUGCGAGGUACAACCCCAGUUUGUAGUUGCCCCAAGGAUAUGACGGGAGAUCCAUUUACAGCUUGCAGACCAUUCACACCAGAGGAUCUCUGUGAACCAAAUCCUUGCGGUGUGAACGCAAAAUGUACACCUGGACACGAUAAUACCGGAAAGGAGAGACCAGUGUGCACUUGCCCUCAGGGAUAUAUUGGUAACGCUCUCACAAGUUGUCAACGAGGUGAAUGCUUCACGGAUAAUGAAUGUCCAAUUAAUCGAGCUUGCAUUGACUAUUCUUGUCAAAAUCCUUGCCGAGGUCAUGAAUGCGCAUCGUCAGCUAUCUGCGAACCAAGAAAUCACAUUGCUGUCUGUACCUGUCCCGAUGGAACUCGAGGCGAUGCCGUUGUUACCUGCAAUCCAAUUGUUGGCACUCGAUCCAGAAAUUACAGAUUAGGAUAAAUUUUCCGAUUAUUUUUCAUUAACGUGUGUGUUUUUGUUUGUGCCUUUCGAUAAUUCCUGCAAAAAAAAAUUUAUCAACUUUUGUUCCUAACAGUUUAAUAAUAAUAGGAUCAUUGUUUUCUAGAAGAAAAUAUUCUCGCCUUAACGUAUUUAUCGAUAUUACACUUAUUAGUUAGGUUGUUAUUUAUAUACAAGAAGAUUAAAUAGAUUCUAUAAAAACGUAUAAAACGAAAAAUGACAGAUGAUAGAAUGUAAAUUAUAUUUUAGAGUUUAAUUGUGUGAAAGAUAAUUCUGCGAAUGUAUACUUUUGGAGAUAUUUACAAUCUUUACUUUCAUUUAUACUUAAUAUCAACUCGUUAGAUUUGUACAAAGUGAAUAAAUCAAUUAGUUUCUUCUUUAUAUUGAAUAAAAAGUAUAAUAGUCACAAAA